ACAGAAGGACUUAAUCAGCCCUGGAUGUUUGCAGAGCUUUACAGCCAGUCUCCGCCACCAGGGAGCUCACUUCUUUUCAGCUUUUCUGAGUCACAAAGUCCACUGUCAUCAUGUCUGACACAGAGGAAGUAGAGCAACAGGAGCUAACUGAGGAGGUAGUAGAUGUAGAGGUGGCUCCUGAGGCAGCUCCAGAACCAGAGCCAGAGGCUGAACAUGAACCAGAGCCUGAGCCUGAGCCAGAAGCCCCAGAGCCAGAACCUGAACCUGAGCUAGAAUCUGAGGCUGUGGUAGAAGAGGUCUAUGAAGAGGAAGAGGAGAAGCCCAAAUUCAAGCCCUCUGCUCCCAAGAUCCCUGAGGGUGACAAAGUGGACUUUGAUGACAUCCAGAAGAAGCGUCAGAACAAGGAUCUUAUGGAGCUGCAGGGACUGAUCGAUGCCCACUUUGAGCAUAGAAAGAAGGAGGAGGAGGAGCUCAUUGCUCUUAAGGACAGAAUUGAAAAGCGUAGGUCUGAGAGGGCAGAGCAGCAGAGGAUCAUGGCUGAAAGGGAGAAGGAGCGCCAGGCAAGGCGUGAGGAAGAAAGGCAGAGAAGGGAAGAAGCUGACGUUAAGAAGAAAGCUGAUGACGAUGCCAAGAAAAAGUCUGCCCUGACCAGCAUGGGUUCCCAGUUUAGCAGCUACAUGCAGAAGGCUGACUCCAAGAGAGGUGGCAAGAAACAGACAGAAAGAGAAAAGAAGAAAAAGAUCUUGGCUGAGAGGCGUAAGCCACUCAACAUUGACCAUCUCAAUGACGACAAGCUCAAGGAGAAGGCCAAGGAGAUGUACGAAUGGCUGAAGACUCUGGAGGCUGAGAAGUUUGAUCACAUGGAAAGGCUGAAGAAACAGAAGUAUGAGGUUACAACACUGCGCAAGAGAGUGGAGGAGCUGAGCAAAUUCAGCAAGAAGGGAGCUGCCGCUCGUCGCAGAAAGUAAGCCACCCUUUACAACAUACUUAGCAAGCCCAUGGGUGAUGGCUAGAGGAAGAAAACAGCGGAGUCCUCAAAAUAUUGACCAUGCAUCAUCUACAGUGACAGUGCUAUCUGUAGUUUUACUUGCCGCGGACCUGCUAAGUAGCUACUCUGCAGGACUCUGCAAUAAUUGCGGUUUGCCAAAGAUCCAUGUUCACACUUUUUUUGUUUUGGUCUGCUGUUUGGUUCAAAUUUUUUCAUGUAAAUAAAGUGUUACUCAACA